GCGGCCGCCCGGCAUGGACGGCGGCGGGGGCGGCCCCGGGGGCACCGGCCUGGAUAAAAUGUUCGAGGGUUCGUUGGCACCUUUCCCCAGAAGAAUAAUCCCAGCUCUGCUCCUGCCAUAACCCUGGAAUUCCGUGCCCUCCCCUCAGCCCCCGUGUGUCCAUGGACCAGGCGCCGGGCUGGAGGACCCACCCCCACCUCGAGCUGCUGCUGCUGCCUUGGUUUCUCUGGGAUUGAAGGUGCUCCAUGAACCAGGGCCCCCCAAAUGAGUCAAACGGCCAAUUCCUGCCAGCAGCUGGUUGAGAACUGCCCGGCGCCCGUGGCGGGGAUGGCACAGGAGGACGGUCGCCGCGGGCAAGUGCCACCCACCUUCUACCACGGGGCCAGCCAGGAGCUCGACCUGUCCACCAAGGUGUACAAGAGGGAGUCAGGGAGCCCCUACUCUGUGCUGGUGGACAGCAAAAUGAGCAAACCCCACCUCCACGAGAGAGAGGAGCAGCCUUAUUUCAGGGAGAACAGAGCGGUAGGAGAGGUCCGGGCUGUGAAAGAAGACAGAGAAAACUCUGACGACUCUGAGGAGGAAGAGGAGGAGGAAGAUGAAGUGACUUACAAAAGGGAGCAGAUUAUAGUAGAGGUAAACCUUAACAACCAAACCUUAAAUGUAUCAAAAGGGGAGAAGGGUGUCCCCUCCCAGUCCAAAGAGACUGCUGUUCUUAAGACCAGCAGUGAGGAAGAGGAGGGUGACAGUGGGGAAGAGGCCACUGAAGACAGUAAUGAUUAUGAGGAAAAUGAGAGGCAGAAGAAAAAAGAGAAAAGAGUGGAAAAAGUUAGUGUUGCACAAAGGAGAACGAGGAGAGCUGCCUCUGCUGCAGCAGCCACCACCUCCCCACCACCCAGAACUACAAGGGGUCGUAGAAAGAGUGUGGAGCCCCCCAAGCGUAAGAAGAAAACUGCAAAGGAGCCCAAGGCACCUGUGCAGAAAUCAAAGUGUGAAGAGAAGGAGACUUUAACCUGUGAGAAGUGCCCCAGGGUGUUUAACACACGCUGGUACCUGGAGAAGCACAUGAACGUCACUCACAGGCGAAUGCAGAUCUGCGACAAAUGUGGGAAGAAAUUUGUGCUAGAAAGUGAGCUGUCCCUUCACCAGCAAACUGACUGUGAAAAAAAUAUCCAGUGUGUUUCCUGUAACAAAUCCUUCAAGAAGCUCUGGUCCCUCCAUGAACACAUCAAGAUUGUCCAUGGAUAUGCAGAGAAGAAGUUCUCCUGUGAGAUCUGUGAGAAGAAGUUCUACACCAUGGCCCACGUGCGGAAACACAUGGUUGCACACACCAAGGACAUGCCAUUUACAUGUGAAACCUGUGGAAAGUCCUUCAAGCGCAGCAUGUCCCUCAAGGUCCAUUCCCUGCAGCACUCGGGGGAGAAACCCUUCCGCUGUGAGAACUGUGAUGAGAGGUUCCAGUACAAGUACCAGCUGCGCUCCCACAUGAGCAUCCACAUUGGGCACAAGCAGUUCAUGUGCCAGUGGUGUGGCAAAGACUUCAACAUGAAGCAGUACUUUGAUGAGCACAUGAAAACACACACUGGUAAGAGCUUGUCGAAGGAGAAGCCACAAGUACCUUGGCAAAACACUUCCCUUCCUUGGGAUUUGGGGUUAUCCGACUGGAAAAUCAGACAGGAGAGGUUAAUACACCCCCUUAAAGGUCACCUGCACCCCCACGCCCACCACCCCCACCACCUGCCCGUGCCCCCCGUGCCCCACCUGCCUCCCCCCCCGGCCCUGUUCAAGAGCGAGCCCCUGAACCACCGCGGGCAGAGCGAGGAGCCCUUCCUGCGGCACCUGGCCGAGAAGAACAGCCCGGCCCAGCACCACUGACGGCCCCCGAGGUACGGGGGGCACGGGGGGUCUCUGGCUCAGCUCCCCACCUUCCCCGGCAUCACCGAGGAAAAACAAACACCCGUUUUUGGUCGGCGCCCGUUUCCGAACCCGGGGACCGACAGGACCGAGGAAAAAACCCCCACUUGGGUCGUGGUUUCUUUUUUCCCCCCCUCCUCCCGGUGACUUUUAUGAAUUUCAGACACUGAGACUCGUGGAAUUUUAUAAUUUCAUAUCAGCUGAUGAGGUAUGCUUGCUUUUAUAUCCCGGACUUCUCCUCAAAGAGGAGACAGGCCUGGUUUUCUUUGUACUAAUCGGAAAGGCUGUGAGAUUAAUACAGAGCAUUAAUUGUAUCACUGUGUAUGUAACGGAUUCCUUUCAGCUUCUGGUAUCACGGUAUAUUGGAGCAUUAUAAAGAAAGGCAAAAAAAAAAACCCUCCUUGUUUUGUGUAGCUCUCCUAACACACUCUUUAUUUUACUACAGAAAUUAUUUUAGAGUUUUUUGUAUAGACCUAUUUAGUAGUCUGUUUCUAAAAACGAAAAUUGUAUUUCAAUAAGCGGUGUAAUUUUUUCAGUGUAGCUGGACCUAUGUUGUAUAAUAGAUAAAUUUUUAUAAUCAUCGAAAAAUGUGAUUCUUAAAAAAAAAAAAAGAUGCUUAUAGCUUCUAUAGUUAAAGUUAUUCUUACAACCACACGACUCAAAGGUGCUUCAGAGAAGAAAGGAAACCAAGAGGUCUCUGGAAAAGUUGCCUCGAAAAAUGAUGUUUAAUUUCAGAACUUUA